AGUAGAUGUCAGUACAUGUCAGUUUUUGUUGCGAUCUGAAAACAAACCUUCAACGUUCUUGUUGAUGGGUAGCAGUUUGAGGGACACGAACGGAAAAUACUCUAAAAUGAAGUGACCCCAGCCAAGUUUUAACCCGGUGUGUAUCCACUAUGUUGAGCGGGGUGUUUAGGCUGCAUGGCCUGGUGGUGGCGUCCCACCCCUGGGAGGUGAUCGUGGGCACCAUCGCUCUAACCGUCUGCCUCAUGUCCAUGAACAACCUGGUCACCAGCGACCAAAUCUGCAGCUGGAGUCAUGGCUGUCCCAAACUUCAGGAGAGAAUUCUCAACAGUGACAUCAUCUUUCUAACGGUGACAAGAUGCAUGGCUAUAGUCUACAUCUAUUUCCAGUUCCAGAACCUUCGCCAGCUAGGUUCUAAGUACAUCCUUGGUAUAGCGGGUCUAUUCACAGUAUUUUCCAGCUUUGUCUUCAGCACUGUGGUCAUCCACUUCCUGGGGAAAGAGUUGACCGGCUUAAAUGAAGCUCUUCCAUUCUUCCUGCUCCUCAUUGACCUGUCUAAGGCCUGUGCCUUGGCCAAGUUUGCCCUUAGCUCAAACUCACAGGAGGAGGUGAGGGAGAACAUCUCUCGGGGCAUGGCUAUCCUGGGACCUACCUUUACCCUUGAUGCCUUAGUAGAGUGUCUAGUCAUCGGAGUGGGCACCAUGUCAGGAGUGCGUCAGCUUGAGAUGAUGUGUUGUUUUGGCUGCAUGUCUGUCCUGGCCAACUACUUUGUCUUCAUGACCUUCUUUCCUGCCUGCGUCUCCCUGGUCCUUGAGCUGUCCAGGGAGAACCGUGAGGGUCGUCCAGUCUGGCAGCUCAGUCACUUUGCACAUGUUCUGGCUGAAGAGGAGGACAAAAAACCCAACCCUGUAACGCAGAGGGUUAAAAUUAUAAUGUCUCUGGGUCUGGUUCUGGUCCAUGCCCACAGUCGUCUGGCAUCAGAGCAGCCUGGUCAGAACCGGACAGUGCAUGGCUCCAGCGGUGUUCUGACUCUCAAUGGCCCUAUGUCCCAGAGGAUGGAACAAGAGUACGCUGUCUGGCCACUCACCAGUAUGGAUCUGGAGCAGGUGAUAACUCUGGGUCUGGCACUACUGCUGGCAGUGAAGUAUGUCUUCUUUGAGCCACCUGAGACAGAGUUGUCCCUGUCCUUAAAGAGUCCCACUACGACCUCCAUCUCCGCCCAUGCACUGAGCAAUCGGAGGCCAGAGGAAUUCUGUCAAAGGGAACAUGAACUCUCAAAACCGAUACCCUGGACCAGCUGUAAUCCAAACACUUGUCCUGGGUCUGACAGUGAGCCUGACUCUAACACGUUUCUCAAAGAAGAGAGAGAUGAAGUGAUUCAUCCCUCAAUGGCCCCAAUUUUAGGGGACAUGUCCCCACCUCCCCUCUCUACCCCAUCUCCAGACCCAUGUACGCCUGUCCCGGAUCCUUCAUCACAGCCCCGCUCCAUAGACCAGUGUCUAUCCAUUCUCAGAAACCCUGAGUUCGGAGCUAGUUUUCUUAGCAACGCUGAAGUGGUGGAGCUGGUGAAAUCGCGGAACAUCUUAUCUUAUAAUCUGGAAGCUGUCAUGGAAACACCUGAGAGGGGCGUGGCCAUACGAAGAGAGAUUCUAUCACCCAAACUACCAUCUUGCUCUGCACUGGCCAGUCUGCCCUACAAGGACUAUGACUACACCAAGGUGCUUGGUACCUGCUGCGAAAACGUCAUUGGCUACAUUCCUGUGCCGGUGGGCGUGGCUGGUCCUCUCAUGUUGGACGGGAAGCAGUUCCAUGUUCCCAUGGCAACGACGGAGGGCUGUCUCGUGGCCAGCACCAACAGAGGAUGCCGGGCCAUUGCUCUGAGUGGGGGCUGCAGCAGCAGGGUGCUAGCUGAUGGGAUGACACGGGGGCCGGUGGUGCGUCUGCCCACAGCAUGCCGAGCCGUCGAGGUCAAGGCCUGGCUGGAGACCGAAGAAGGCUUCAGGACUACCAAGGACGCUUUCGACCACACCAGCAGGUUUGCUCGUCUGGACAAGUUGUCGAUAGGUCUGGCAGGGAGGAACCUCUACAUCCGUUUUCAGUCGCACACUGGAGACGCCAUGGGCAUGAACAUGCUGACUAAGGGUACAGAGCAGGCGUUGACCAGGCUUCAGCAGCAGUUCCCUGACUUGGAGGUACUAGCAGUGAGUGGGAACUACUGCACCGAUAAGAAACCUUCUGCUAUGAACUGGAUCCAGGGCCGGGGCAAGUCUGCUGUGUGUGAGGCCACUGUCCCUGCCAGGGUUGUCCGAGAGGUCCUGAAGACGAGUACAGCUUCCUUAGUGGAGUUGAACAUCAAUAAGAAUCUAGUGGGCUCUGCCAUGGCUGGUAGUAUAGGAGGCUUCAACGCUCACGCUGCUAACAUCGUAGCUGCCAUCUAUAUCGCCUGUGGGCAGGACCCAGCCCAGACAGUAGGCAGCAGUAACUGUAUAACUCUAAUGGAGCAAGUGGGUCCUAAAGGAGAUGAUCUGUAUAUCAGCUGUACCAUGCCCUCUAUAGAACUGGGGACUGUUGGAGGGGGAACCAACCUGGCUCCACAACAGGCCUGUCUACAGAUGCUGGGUGUACAGGGUGCCAGUCUAACGAGACCAGGGGAUAAUGCCCGUCAGUUGGCCAGCGUGGUCUGUGCAACGGUCCUGGCUGGAGAACUGUCUCUGAUGUCUGCUCUUGCUGCCGGACACCUUGUACAAAGUCACAUGACCCACAACAGAUCUAAAAUCAACUUGCCUGAAAUGGUGCCAUCUCCUUCAGAGAAACUGUGAACAUAACAUUAUACUAUCACAGUGAACCUUCUAGUGAUGAGGACAACCUGCAGUGACUUGUAGGAGCUGGAGGAGCAGCCCAGAGUCAUCCUGCUCCCUUUGUUGCUCUGAGAAUUCCAGACAGUGACAUUAACCUCUCCCACCCAGAAGACUGUGCUGUUGACUUAUUACAGCAGGAAUAAAAUAAAAACUGCUAAUGGAAGUCUGGAGGAGUGGUUUUGGGUGGACACCUGGAAGAAUUGCAGCUGUCUGCUGCUAACCUCUGAGAACACACCAAAAUGAACCUCAAAGGACUUCAUGUAUUUGUCCACUGCGUGUGCUGUGGGUUUUGGUGUGAAUGUAAAAGAGAAUGAUUUAGAUUUUUGUUUUUGCACACUCAAAGUUGUCAUUGUCUUUAAAAUUGAAUCCAUGUGGACAGAUAGAGAGAGGGAAAACAAUGAAGGGUUGGAGCAGGGAAUAUAAGCCAGGUCUCUGGGAGUAGGUCAGCAGUUGUCUGAGACCACAGGCUAUGCACUUGUACUGACUUUGACCAGGUUUUAAGCAGGGAUUGUUCUGUAACUUGUGUGCACAGCCAAACAAACCUCUGUCAUGGAUGUGUUUUUUGGGGGGCUAUCUAUGUUGAGUAUUGCAAGUACAUUGACAAUUUGGUUUUCUCCAGUUGCUCACAUUAUGUGCAGACCGGGAGGUGGUUUUCUUUAGAGGUCCUCCAUCAGAAUAAGCUAAAGACUGACCACGGUGCAAAAUGUUAGACACCACUGCCUUCGACUGCACUUCAGUGAAGUUCAGGAUAUGCAUGAGAAACUUGCGGUCUCCGUUUGCCUGUAAAGCACAUCUAAACAGUUGCGAUUUAUGGCUAAAAUCUCACUGCUUCAGCAGACUUAAACUGUACUUUGGAAACAAAGCCAUGUAAGUUGCCUUCAAUAAACUGCUUUUUAAAGUUU